AUGGCUGAAAUUAUGAAUAUUUAUGCAUCAAUUAAGUUGCCUCCACUAUUGCUGCAAUCAUUUUCUAUCAAUAAUAACAAAGCCAAAUGUAUGAAAUGUAAUAUUUCAUGUGCACCUGAAGAGGAAGAUAUUCUUUUCCAUCUUUCCGUCUGUAAUGGGACCCUUAUUGAAGAAAAUAUUCAAACACUAUUUAAAUUCAAUUGCUUGAAGUGUAAUUUUUCAACUCAUGUUAUUGAUCAAUGGAAGUGUCAUUUAUUCAAACUUGAUCAUAUUUCCAAAAAUGUUGAUUUGAAUGUAUUAAAUUUAUCAUACGGUUGCAAAUUGUGCAAUACUCAUUUUUACGGUGAUAGAGAUAGUAUACUAAAACAUCAUUGCAAACCUCAAUUCAUUCCAUGUAUAUCAUAUUUAAUGGCUUCCGUUUAUGAGAAAUACAAUGUUCAGGAUAAACAGACCAUGCUUCAUUAUUGUACGGAAUGCUCAUUAUUCACUGAUAAUUUAACAGAAUUGCACAAGAAGAAACAUUGUGAAGUUGCUGACACUUCUGUAUGCCAUUCAUGUCAGAUAACAUUUUAUAGUGCUACUAAUGAGGAAUUUUUAAACCACAAAUUGUCAUUUGAACAUAUGGUUCUGUGGUAUUUAAACGGUGCUCGGAGUGUACCAAAAAUGUCAUCUACAAUGUUUCAAAACUUGCCAUACUACAUAACAAAAUAUUUUGUUAUUAGUCCAUUGUUGGAAAAAUUUUGUUGUAUUGUGUGUAAUACAAAAAACAUACUAACAUAUGAAUGUAUUUAUGAUCAUUUUUACAAAUGUAUUUCUUCCAAAGAAAUUUCUGAUGUCAAUGGUUGCAUUCCGUUGCUAAGUCUGAAUUGUAAUUUGUGCAAUUAUUCAUGUUUUGCAGUUGAUGACAUGUACAAAUGUUGGGUGGACCAUGUAAUCAGUUUUGAUCAUUUGAGUAAAACAGUGGUAGAAAAAAAAAACAAACAGAAAUUGUUUUCAUAUUACUGCUAUGUAAGUGAAACUGUAUUUUAUGGUUCUGAUUCUUUUAUUACAAACUUAAUAAUGAAAACGAAUAAUGAUAUCGGACGUUUGUUAUUUAUACCAGAUUUAAUGGCUACAGUGUACAAACAUGUGACAGAUGCACAUUUCAGCUGUAAUAUUUUAUUUUGUUGUGGAAUUUGUCAACAUCAUUCAUUCAAACAGUUUAAUUGUGUACAUAAAAAUAAUGAUUCAAAUCAAUCACUUUAUUGUUUCACUUGUUUAGUAGUAUUCAAUGUCAGAUCUGACUUCUAUGAACAUCUUGUUAGUAGUGAGCAUAUUAUUUUGAAAUUUUUUAAAUCUAAGCAAUUAGCCGAUCUUAAAAUUCUUGAUCAUAGCAUGGAAACAAUGAAAAUAUAUUUAACUAAUUUAAGUAAAAGUGACGAUGAUGAUGAUGAUAAUGAUGAUGAUGAUAAUGAUGAUGAUGAUGAUGAUGAUGAUGAUGAUGAUGAUGAUGAUGAUGAUGAUGAUGACGCUGACAACUCUCAAGAGAUCAUGUAUCAGGACAAUAAUGAAAUGAUUAUUUCCACACAAAACCUAACAUCCUGUGAUCCAAAAGAAAACUUUAUUACAAAAUUAAUAGAAAAACUAUCUGCACAGCCAAUAAAGUCUGCAUUUAACAAUUACAUAAGAAAGAAUUUUGAAUUAUUUAUCCGAGAGCUGCAAACAGGUAAUGAUAUUGACAUAUCAAUGGUGUUUUACUGUGAAAUUUGUAAUAUAGUUCUCUGUAAUCGUGAUGUUUGGAUUGAACACGACAAAGAGUUUCAUAACAAAGAUAUGGGCUUAAGGGUAUUAUUCUGUAAUAUUUGUUGCAUUUACCUCGUGAGUGAUCAAAUUAAUACUAUUGAUCAGCAUUUAAUGACUAUGGAACAUGGAAUAAUGGAAGAAUUUCAAAAUCAGUUCAAAUCUUUAACAAAUAACAUCAAUAAUUGUAAUAACAACUCUAAUCUCACCAAUGAUCACAAGGAUUCUGAUUUCAAUGUUGAAAUUAAAAAAAUCAAAAAUUUAAAUGAAUAUAAUAUGAAGAACAAAACUAUUUAUAUAGAAAUUAAAAACUUGAAUAGUAAUUUAAAAAAUAAUAAUUAUAUUGUAUUAAACAAAAUAAUUCAAGAACGAUAUGGUAAAUUUAAACUGGUCGAAAAUGUAAACAAUGCAUUUGUGAUUCUUUUCGAAAAUAAAUCCCAAGUUAAACGUAUGCGUGAGGAUACUAAAGAAUUGGAAAACCAGUAUGGCUUUACAAUACAAAUUAUAGGAAAUCAUACAGAAAAAGUAUUAUCAUUGGAAACAAUAGAUUUAUUUAAAGAUUGGGGCUUGUUGUGUGCAAGAGUUCUCAGUGAUUUAGAAUUGAUGAAUUUGUCAUUAACCAGUAAAGAAAUACAAUCCCGUGUUCAACAAUUGUGUGACUCAAUAUGUAGCUUUCAAAUUGGUACAUAUUCAAAUAAGAUUCACAUUUUUGGUUCUCGAGCUUAUGGUCUAGCAACAGAUACAACUGAUAUAGAUAUAUAUAUGGAAAUCGAUGACACGUUUGACGGAAUAAUAGCAAAUAAUGAGGAAAUUCAAGUGGAAUUUGUACAACAAUUUACCAAACAUUGUCAAUUGAAACCCAAAGUCUUUCAAAAUGUGAAAUCAAUCUGUAAUUGCCGUGUGCCUAUUGUUACAUUUUAUCACGUACCAUCAAAGUUCAUAUGCGAUGUGUCCUUUAAAAGUGGUCUUAGCACGUAUAACACUAAACUAAUCAAAUUUUAUUUGUCGACAAACAUUACUGUGAAGUGGCUGGUCUGUGUUAUUGUUAAGAUUUGGGCUCUCCAAAAUGGUUUAAAAGACAAGAACUUGUUCACCAGCUAUGCCUUGGUAUGGCUGGUACUGUUUUAUUUGAUGACGGAAAAAGUGGUUCCAUCGUUGAUCGAACUCAGGCAAACUGCUACUAAAGCUGAUCAUAAAGUCAUUGAAGAAUGGGACUGUACGUUCGGAAAAUGUUCGUUCUAUAUCAGUGAAGAUAAACGCCCAAAACUUUUAAUGGGUUUUUUUCAAUUCUAUGCCAAUAAGAAAGCGUUAAAGGACAAUGUACUGUCUACUAGCACUGGUCGGUUAAUAAAAAAGCAUGCAUUUUAUGAAAAGUUCAGCCAGUUGCCUGGACUAAGUAAAAUACAGAGAACAAAGUUUAAAAACUUUAAAGCCAAAGUUGAUUCAAAUUUUGAAAAAAAUUACGGACUGGUUUUGCAGGAUCCAUUUGAACUGUCAUUCAAUCUAACCAGGAAUUUACACAAUCAAGCUUUGACAGACUUUUGUGAUCUGUGUCAUCAAAGUUCAACCCUUUUGAUUAAUAUGAAGGGUUACAAUAUGUUUUCUAAUACUUAA